GGUAUAUGUAACUACUAGGUAUAGUCACUACCUACCUAGUAGUAGGUAAGUCGAAGAUCUCGUAUACCUACAUUAUAUCUAAGCAAUUUUCAAUUGGUCAAUAUUUCGUUAUGUCAAUUUUCUGUACCUUAAUUGCAUGAGUAGAUGCUACAUGGGCCCCCACCACGAAGAGCCGAAGAUCCUCAACAACUACCUAACUCGCGAUAUCUCCUUCCCUAGGUAGGUAGGUAGGCACCCAUUAUACUUUAUUCUAUAAGAAGAAAGAACGACUUAUGAAACAUUACUACCCAUAUCAAUUUUAAAUUAACAAUCCAAUAAACAAAUAAUAUGAUUCAUUCCCAUUCAACAAUAACAUUGUUGUAACUAUGUCAACAUGGCCAUUACCACUUUUCAAAGCACCCUCUUUACCUUACUUGCACUAAUCGCCGCAAUGGCUUCGGCAACGGCACCUUUGAGAAAUAUCAUGUAUCUCACAGGGCAACAUCCCAUAACGCCGGAUCUAGCUCUUAGUUCAUCUAUCACUCAUGUAGCUAUGGCUUUCAUGAGGCCCGACCUCUUCAAUCGAGAACAGGUUAGCUCUACGUGGCCAUUAUUCAUGUCUGUCAGCGAAGCUCGUUCGAAAUUCCGCCCAGGGACUAAAAUUAUGGUCGCCAUUGGUGGCUGGGGUGAUUCGGCCGGGUUUGAUAUCGCUGCACGUACAGAUGAGAGCCAAGCUCGAUUCGCCCGUAAUAUAGCCGCCAUGGUCCGUGAUACGGGUGCUGAUGGUGUCGAUAUUGACUGGGAGUACCCCGGAGGCAACGGUGAAGAUUGGAAAAAGGUCCCCAACGAUGAGAGAACUUGGCAGAUUGCAGCAUUUCCGAAACUCCUCUGCCAGAUUCGUAAGGCUCUCGGUUCCAACAAGCUUAUCUCGGCAGCAGUACCAGGUCUUCCAAGGGAUAUGCUUGCCUUCAAGUCGGAGACCGUUCCCCAAAUUAUGGGAUCUCUCGACUUCUUGAACGUCAUGACAUACGAUUUAAUGAAUCGUCGCGAUAGUGUGACAAAACACCAUACCGGCGUCCAGGCCAGCCUAGAAUCGGUGCAUGCUUACAUAGCAAACGGUGCAUCUCGCGACAAGAUCAACCUAGGCUUUGCCUUUUACGCCAAGUAUUUUCUUACAGAGCGUGGGCCAUGUGUCAAGAACCCGAUCGGAUGUCCUACAGGUCCGAUGGAGGACCCAGUGACAGGUGCUGAUCUUGGCCGGGCGGGCUCUUUCUCGUGGCGGGAUGAAGUCCCGCAAAACGUCAAGGCAUCAUUCAAUAAGGCCAUGACACAAGGGCAUUAUGACGAAGUUGGGGGCGGCUAUUACUACUGGGACGAGCAGGAGGCUAUCUGGUGGACAUUUGAUACCCCAGUAGCUAUCGCCAAGAAGUUUCCUCUUAUCGUAGAGAAGGAGAAGCUCGGUGGCGUAUUUGCGUGGGGGCUAGGCGAAGACGCGCCCAGAUGGGAUCAUCUCAAAGCGCUCAACGCUGGAGUGAAGAGCCUCUCCGCCAGAAAGGAGGAACUAUAACAUCGUCAAGAUUAUUUCGAUAAAAAAAAGUCCCUGUUUCCAUGCUGUAAUAUGAAUCAGGGUUCCUGUCUAGCCUACCUCAUAAUCUAUACAGCAGAAAUCAUGUACCGCUAACACCAUAGGCCUUUGUUCUAUAGGU